AUGUCUGCAGUCACAAUGGAGACGAAAGACAGGUGUACCAUUCAAGAUGGCAAAUGGCUGUAUUCUUUUCUUCAUAGUGCCGCAUCCAGUUCCAAAUGGCUUGAUGCACACUAUGAUCCAGUAGCCAAUUUAUAUACUUUUACUUCAUGCAUAGCUUUGGCAGACUUGCAUGGAGAUGGUGAAAAUAAGCUAGUGGUGGGGGAUCUAGGCACAGGAGCUGGCAACAUGAAGCUAAAGGUGUAUCGUGGGACUGGACUGUUAACUGAGAACACCCUGCUGGACCUACCUACUGGCCUGGUGUCUUUCCUUAUGGACCAACAUGAGCCUCGCACCCCUGCCAUUGCUGUGGCCUCUGGCCCUUUCAUCUACAUUUACAAGAACCUGCGACCCUACUUUAAGUUCACUCUGCCCACUCUGGAGGUCAACCCCGUGGAGCAGGAUGUGUGGAAUCAGGCUAGAAGGGAUAUGAUCGAUCCAAUGACCCUGAAAGAAAUGCUGGAGGGAAUCAGGGAUAAAGCUGACAUUCCACUGUCAGUAAGAUCACUACGGUUCCUCAUGCUUGAACCACAGGAUAUGGAAUCUUACGUUAACCUUCACAAACAGCAGCCUAUACGCAGACAGACGGUUAUCACAUGCAUAGGGACGCUGAAGAAGAACAUGGCGGAUGAUGAUGCAGUCAGUUGCCUCGUCAUUGGCACAGAGAGUCAAUAUGUCUAUAUCUUGGACCCAGAGGCCUUCACCAUUCUAUCAAAGAUGUCCUUACCUAGUGUGCCUACACUGAUGGAUGUGACCGGUCAGUUUGAUGUAGAGUUCAGAAUCACUGUAGCUUGUCGCAAUGGGAAUAUCUACAUACUUCGCAGGGACUCACCAAAACCCAGGUAUUGCAUCGAGUUGUCCUCUCACCCUGUUGGGCUGGUGAGGAUAGGGAAGAAUGUGGUGGUGGGCUGUGCUCAGGACACUUUGCAAAGCUUCACACAGAAGGGGAAAAAACUGUGGACGGCUUACCUACCUGCUCCAGUCACCACUAUGGCCACACUGGACUUGCCCACAAGGGGCUUCCAGGCUGUGUUGGUGGCUUUGGCCAGUUGUGAGGUGCAUGUUUACAGGGAUAAGAACUUAGUCAGCACCAUCAAAACACAGGACAUAGUGACCAGCAUUUGUUUUGGUCGUUAUGGUCGGGAGGAUGGCACCCUAAUCAUGACAACCAAAGGUGGGAGUCUGAUUGUAAAGAUCCUUAAAAGGACAGCUGUUUUUGAUGACAAGGACUCAGCUUCUGGUCCCCCAAUAGCCCAAAGCAUCCGACUCAGUGUGCCUAAGAAAACGAAGCUUUAUGUGGAUCAGACCCUAAGAGAAAGGGAGAAUGCUGUGGCAAUGCACAGAGCCUUCCAAAUGGACCUGAGCAGGCUGCGGCUAGCUGCAGCCCGGACCUAUGUGAAAGCCUUGGAGUCUAGCCUGACGCCUAUGUCAUCCAGCCUGACGGAACCUCUCAAGAUGAAUGCUGUGGUUCAGGGAUUAGGCCCAUCCUUCAAACUGACUUUGAACAUCCAGAACACAGCAGCAUGUCGUCCUGUAAUGAACCUAGCCAUCAGUUUCCUGUAUGAUGAAAAUCUGUACAGUAUGAAGACAGCCUUUUUUAAGAUCCCUUUGCUGGUUACAGGGCUGAAUUACCCCAUUGACACAUUUGUGGAGUGCCUUAGUGACAAAGGGAUCUCUGAUGUCAUCAAAGUGUUUGUGCUAAGAGAAGGAAAGAGUGCCCCACUUCUCACAGCACACAUUAACAUGCCUGUAAGUGAAGGAAUGGCACUCAGCUAGAAAACAUGGACCUCAGUAUGAACCAUUUAUGGAUGAGCUUGUCGCACUUGCUGUGUCUCUAGCAGCCUGUAGUGGGAGGACUUAGCCUCAGUGCUACACAAACAGAAGCCACGGACCAGCAGGUGAUCAGUAAAGCUUGUACAGGCCAGAGAACUUAUUAAGGCCGGUCCUUAGCAUAGAUCAGAAGAUCUUUGACCUAACUGUUACAGUUCCAAGGCCUCGUAGACUGACAUAUGACUCAGUGAUAGGAAUGUAAGUAAUUAUUUGUAAUGAGAAUACUUUUGUAGAUAUGUGAAAUUGCAAAUAUACUAUUUAUUAUUUCUAA